CCAUGUUUACAUCGUGGCGCGCGUUCCAAACGGUUAAAGGACUGGAGCGGGUUUAGAGAACGAUCCUUUGACAACUUUUGGCGCGAAAGCUUGUAAUCAACAUGGCGGCAUUCUCACAGAAGAGAGUUGUGAAGAAACGAUUUCACUUUUUACUAUCGUCAUUUACCACGGAGGAGAAAACGCAGUUAUCUCAGUGGAUUCAGGAGCUUGGUGGAACAUACUAUGAGUCGCCUCAUUUUGUAAGGAGCUGCACACAUGUUGUCUGUGGAAAACCAAAUCGAGGUGAAAAAUUUCUUUGUGGCUGUGCAUCAGGCAAGUGGAUUUUAAGGAAAAACUUCAUAGAGGAUAGUAGAGAAGCUGGAAAAUGGUUAGAUGAAGAGUUGUAUGAGUGGAAUGAGCAGUGCACAGCUGAAGGGAUUUUGGUUGCUCAUCUGCUGGCACCUUCUCGCUGGAGGGGAUUUCUGCAGCAAAACAAAGGACCUUUUGAGGGCUGGAAAGCAUUGGUGGCUGUGGCAGAUGCUAAAAAAAGAGCAGCAUACAAGAAGUUGUUAGAAGUGGGUCAUGCCACAUUAGUGAGUGGAAAGCCCCCAUACUCUGCCUGCCUUGCUUCCAAGCUCACACAUGUUUUUGUGGAGAAAGCACUGGAAAAAGACGUGCAAGCUCUUCAGAGUGUGGGAGUCAAAUGUCUGUCACCUGAUUAUAUUCCAGAAUUCAUACUUCAGGAUCCCCCUCCUCCAGUUGCGGCAUUUUUUAUAACAGCCUACAGCUCACCAGUCAAUAACCCAACGACUGAAAAACUUCGCAGAACUAUCGGCAGGUCCAAGAAUACUCCUGUUCUGGGCAGAACUAUUCAAUGUGGAGUUGGAGAGGAAAAUGGCAGCAGCAAAUCAACUUCCAAAUGGUCAAAGGCAUUCCCUUGUGUAGGAAAAGAAAAUGACACCGUGGCAAGCAUCAACAAGUCAAAAACAUCUCCCUGCAUCAGCAAAUUGAAUGACCCUGUGUUGCUGUCUAACAAGUCAAAGACAUUCUUUUGUACAUGUACUGGAAAAGAAAAAAGUGCCCUUCUAACUGGCAAAAAGUCCAAGGCAUCCUCUGAACCCUUAUGUGCUUCAGAAUCUCCAAGCAAGAAACAGAAACUGGAUGACAAAUUGGUGGGGUUAAGUGACUGUGUGGAUAGGUGGAGAGCAGUAUCCCGCUUAAAUGGCUCAAAUACAAACAAGCGGGUGCGUGUCAGCAGUGAGUUUCUUGGGUACAUUGUGGAUUCAAUUGAAGGCUAUCUGGAAGCAUCACACAAGUUCACAGUACUGGAUGUUAUUGGUUCUUUCAUGACAUCUGAGAGGUACCCUCCCCCAUCUCUUCUGCACACAAUUACACAAAACCUGCUGUGGAAAACCCAGUCUCGUGCCCAGGCUCUCAAAGCGUUCCUGUUGCUUCAACGUCUGCUUGUACUACAUAAACCAUCCGAGAACCCUUCUCUCUACCAGUCCACGCUCGGCUUCCACGCGGGUGUCGAUGGGAUAUCACAAGAGGGAGGCAGUUGGGAAUUCAUAAAAACAAUCUGCAGUAACAGAGACGAGCACAGCCUGCUUCUUCUUCGGUUUGCGACCACCUUACUGGAGCAAGAUUUCUACGAACGUACAAGCAGUUGCGUUUCAGUAACUCCCAGUGAAAAAUUAAAUUGCCUGAAAGAUUCUCUUCUGUGGCGCAUGUUUUGGCCGGGACCAUCUUCAGUCUGCUUCAACACUCGACUGCGCGAGCUAUUUGGGAAUACUUGGAGCACAGCUUGUUUAUCACGUGACCAUCCAUCUCAGAUUUCUGCGUUGCAAACUCUUCAAAGUGUUGUUGCUAUGGUAGCACAAUGCUUUAUUCUUUGUGACCUCGUUUCCAUGAAGUGUAGUGAAAGAGAUCUGGGUACCAGGUUGAGUGAACGCUCGCGAACUUUUGUGACCGAGCUGUUUCUGGCCUGUGGAGGGCUGCACGGAAGCGAGGUUACCCUGAAGCGGUUUCUGGAGACGUGCAGACCCACGUGGCUUCGAAUGCAUGUGACAGACAAGUUCCUGGGUAACUACAUUGAUCGUUUGGUGCCUCUGGAGAGACGUCAUGUAAACACCAAGACACUGUCACUUGAGAAAAUAGUUUCAAGCUAUUUCUUUCUGUUGCCCGUGACCACCCCAACAAGUAUCACUGAAGACACUUCUGUUAAACCUGCUGCGGUAAAAGGAACGCAGCGAAAAGGAACAACACCACUCCAGGCCAUUGGGAACGUCAACCGACAAAGAAGACAGAUCCAUCGCCGAAAUAUGAAAGGCGAAACCAAUCUUCAAUUAAGCUGCAUCAAGAAUGAUGCUGUGAAGGUCAAACAGCUGUUAGCGUCAGGUGCCGACGCUAACAUGAAGGACAAUGCUGGAUGGACCCCGCUGCAUGAGGCUUGUAAUCAUGGCUACACAGGCUGUGUUCAGGAGUUACUGAAAGCAAGGCAGCUUGUCUAUGAAAUAAAACCUGGAGAUGACACCACUCAGGUGCUGAACGUGCUGUCUGCUCCUCUGUGUGGAACAACUCCUUUACAUGAUGCAGUGGGCAACAAUCAUUAUCAAGUAGUCGAGCUGCUGGUCAGAGCAGGAGGUUUACCUUUACUAGAAGCAGAAAACGAUCGCGGAGAAAAACCGAUCGAUUUGGCAGAAAAUAAAGAAACAAAAGAAUUCCUACGGGCCAUGGAAUUACAGUUCAGAGAAAAGGGCAACGAAGUUACAGCCCUCCGCCCAUCUGAGGAAUCAUACCAGGCUGUGUUAGGAAGAAAAGGGCGACACUCCACAAAUCAUGUUCCUGCUGAGAAAUGCGAACAAUAUUUGUUGAUCUUGUCACAUUUGGUGCAGGCGUACCACCGUAUGACAAGGGCGCGAGCUGGCUUGGCUUCUGACGAUUGUCUGUGGAUCAACUUUAAUGAACAUUGCAAUAAUCUUGAAGCUCACGUGACCAGGAUUGUUGCGGGAAGCCAUCUCUCAUCUCCAACUUGCAUCCGAAUCCAAGCCAUGAGAAUGUUGGCCGAGAGUUCUUAAGCUGGCCUGGUAUCUUCACUGCAUGUUCUUGAGCUGACCUGGUAACUACAUAGGCAACUUACCAAUACUUGUGAGAGAGAAACCAUGACGACCGCAAGAAAGUCACACAUCUAGACCACCGGCCCAGUCAACAGGUUGCCGCCAUGAUGGUUCAGAUCGUAGAACUAAUGCCUGCCAGAUAAACCAUGCCAUUUCUGCAGGGGCAAACGACUACAAAAACAUGGGUUUCAGUUUCUAAAAUAUAACACUUGAAUAGAAUUCGCUUUGAUCUUUUGUGAAAACAACAAAUUCAGAGUAGUCAGACUAUAGAAACUCCAAAACUAAUAAUAAAAGGUCAAAAAUAGCUUUCUAUUGUCCGACAAUCGGAUGAUGACUGUUAGUCUGCGCGGAAUUGACGGAGUCCCAGUGUUUGUCAUUGGUUUCAUUAAGGGCCGGGUACCGGCCAAAUUGACCGGCUGUGAGGGUGAUUUUGGUUGCCUGGUUUGACCAUG